CCUUCCGGCGGCAGCGGCACCACGUGUGCUCCGCGGCCGACAUGGACACCGAGGCGGCGGCGGCGGGCGGCUUCACCAGCGUGGUGUCGCGGCGGAGCCGGAGGAAACGGCGAGCCGGAGCGGCCAUGGACACGGCGGAGCCGAGGCCCAGCAAGCGGCCGGCUUUCCCUCCUGUGGCCGCCGAGGCAAUCGGGGUUGGGAAAGGCGAGCUGAGGAAGAUCCCCGUGCCGGCCAACAGGUACACGCCGCUCAAGGAGAACUGGAUGAAGAUAUUCACGCCUAUCGUGGAGCAUCUGCAGCUUCAAAUCAGGUUCAACUUGAAAACGAGGAAUGUUGAGAUCAAGACUUGUCAAGAAACAAAGGAUCUCAGUGCUCUGACAAAAGCAGCUGAUUUUGUGAAAGCUUUUAUACUUGGAUUUCAAGUAGAGGAUGCCCUUGCUCUCAUCAGAUUAGACGAUCUUUUUCUAGAGUCAUUUGAAGUUACAGAUGUCAAACCUUUGAAAGGAGAUCAUCUGUCAAGAGCAAUAGGGAGAAUAGCAGGGAAAGGCGGAAAAACCAAAUUCACCAUAGAGAACGUAACCAGGACACGCAUCGUUCUGGCUGACGCAAAAAUUCAUAUUUUGGGAUCUUUCCAGAACAUCAAAAUGGCACGAACAGCAAUCUGCAAUCUAAUUUUAGGAAGCCCUCCAUCCAAAGUUUAUGGCAAUAUUAGGGCAGUGGCCAGCAGAGCAGCUGAGAGGUUCUGAGCUGCACCACCAAGGACUGUGGCUGGAAGUCCAGAUUCUUGGACAUGAGAGGCCUGGAGCUACAGAAGCCAUCAGUUUGCUGAUGGAUUUGGAAGCCAGAAGAAAACRAGGAUUGUUUGUGCAGUCUGACUGCCUUUGGACAAGUGGUCUGAUUUGAACAUACCUAACGUUUCUCUAUAGGCAUUAAAAGGUAUUUUAAAUUGUGUCUGUAUUAGAAGUAUAUGAUUUUAUUUGAGCGUUGCUUCAUUAUGGAUUUCCUGCACAUCACACUUUCAAGAGGCUGCUGUCAGAACUUCAGAAAGCCUCAGAGUUUAAUGUUUUGAGCCUAAAGGAAUCGGCAGAGUUAAACAUUUAUAACCACACAUCAAGGUUUAAUAUCUUCCGUAAAAAAAGAAGAAUCAACUGGAAUGCUCAGUUCAAUGGUAGGCUUGCUAUCCUCUGCUGAUGUUAGAACAACGCAUGAAAAGAGUAAAACAAACAGGUAAACAUGUCUGAACAUAAGCCUGAAUCUGCACAGGCUUAUCUUCAUUCCUAAAAAUGAUCUCUACGGACAGCCCAGUGAAGCAAAGAGCCACGAGGUUAAGUACUUUCAAGUGUACCAGAGCACAAACAAGUGUAAAGUCCUGUGUCUCCUUGAAAUGCUACAUAAAUGCAACAAAAGUAGGGGGAGAGAUUACAGAGACCAGUUCCAGUAAGAUUUAAAAAUGGAUCCCCUUCUCCUAAACCUGCCAGCCAACCUUCUCCAAAGUGUCUUGCAAAAUAAUUCAGUUCAGGCUUGGGAAUGAAAACAAAAGCAAGAACUGAAAUGAGAUUAUCAAACACAUAAGCAAACUGAGUAAGCAUUUAGGUCAAUGUCCAAGUUUCCACAGCAGCACUUCACAGUAUAGGAUUAUCACUACAGCCAAACUCAUUCAAGCCUUCAGCUGUCAACAGAUUUAAGACUUGAUGUGUUACCUAAAAACACUGCUCAGAAGUCUGAACUAUACAGGGAACAGCAUGUCCAUUCUGAGCAGCUCCAGGUACACACAAACUGGUCACUAUGUUCAAUGGCUGCUUAUGUCAYUUACCUCAAUUAGCUUGAAAGGUAAGGGAAAGUGAGGCAAAACCACACUGAAUUAAUGUUUAUCCUAAAUCAGGUACAUAGUGAUACCAACCCAAAGCAGCAGACAGGAGAGGGCAGCACCCAGAAGGUCCAAACGUCUGCACCCCCUAAGAGCACAGCACAGCUGCUGUGAAGGGCAUACCUGUACAGGAGGGUUGGUGUCACCAGCAUAAGGCUCAGACUUUUUCCGGAGAGAGGAGCUGUCUUUCAUUCUCCACUUACAUUAAUGUUAGGCUGGGCUGGUUUGUUCUUUAAACCACUUUCCACAGGAAUUUCAAAUGAAGUGUUACCCAGUUUGGACAUUUAGCAAAGAGAACCAGGUGUGCCUUUAAACAGCCUCAACAUGUCUUGAAACACUGCAGUGAACUCUGGAAGUGUUCAGCAGACUCUGCAUCCUGUAGAGUUUUUCAGUAAAUCUGAAUAAUUGAGGAGUGGACAAGAAAAUACGAAUUUUUCUUUCAAGUGAGGUGCAGAGCUGCUUUAAGGUGAACAGAAGGUAGGUACUGAGCACCCCAGCCAAGGUUCAAAUAUUUUAUUUUGUAUUCAUAUAGUAUGAAGGUUCUUAUAAUUCCCACAACAUAUGAUGUAGCAUGCAGAGGAAAAACUAAACAUUCAACAUAAAUCAUUUUUCCCCACACAAACUAAAAAAAAAAARCCUCAUCCCUCCCCUUCCAGUCCCCCUAAGGAAAUAACAUUAGCACUAAUUUCUAUAAUGCCAGCCAAGAUAUGCACAAGCAAGAAAAAUUGAAAGCAUUUGCUAAAAUGUUUGUAACAAAUACUUAUGUACAAAAAAUUCACAAAAGACUAGUUCCCCCUUGAAGCAGAGCACAUGGCAGUUGACACUGGAACAGAUACAACCACUGGCUGGGAUUAUAAACCACGUACUGAUCCAGAGGAAGAAAAAAGUUACAUGUAGUGGAGAUUUUGUUUUGAACAUUAACAUUUACCAAAGUUUGGCAACAUUAUCUUUUAAAUUAUGCAAAUUAUGUAAACAAGAGGAACAUUUCAAAUCGAUCUACAUGCAAAACUUCAUGUCAUGCAAGGACACUAAGCACCUGGAUUUCUUUCUCACAGACAGAGCCCAUGAUGUGCAGCACUCAGUUGAAGGAACAGCUAUGGCAGACAGGUGCACAACUGAAGAGGUUUAGACAACCUGCACUUUCCACCGCUCAUUAUAAAACAAUUUUUUUUUAAUAGAAAAACUACUAUACAGGAAAGAUGUACUGUCCUAAAAAAUCUAGCAAAUGUUUUUCUUCCAGCCAAUAGUACCACUGCAGAAAAGGGAAGGGAUGAUAUAAAGUUGUAAAACAUGGCUCGCUACUUUUAUAUCACACAAAUAUAUCAAGUUACCUUCCAUUACAAAUUAUGAUAUGGACAAAUCUAGAAAAGAAAAAAAUUCUCCAGGAAAAGGACUGGAGAACYGCAAGAGGUAUAAAUUUAGAUAGUGUGAAGUUUUCCUCCUCUAUGGCAUAGGUUAACAAGAUUUCCCCCUGUAUGAAUCCUAUAUACAUAUAUAUAAAAUAUUACCAGUUAUUUAGCUAUCUGUAGUAUUUUUUAAAUGCAGGGGGGAAAACUAUCAUGGUUGAAACAGAAUUUAAAUGGCAAGAAUAUUUUAUAGUCUAAGUACUGUAUAAAAUAAGUAGAUGGGAAUCCUGCACAGUUAUGUUGAUCCUAAUUUCAUUAAGCUAAGCACAAGAGAAAAUCAUGAAUGCAUUUAACACCUUAAGCAGCUGUAUCUAAACUGAACCCAGAACAGCAGRUUUGUCUUGGCUUCAGGACAGCUGUAACUGCUCCCAAUUCCUGGGUGACGGAAUCUAACAGCCAUCAAAGCAUUCCGCAGUCACUAUAUGCACACGAGGACUAGUUCUUGGCAGUAGCAUUAAACUAUAUUCUCAUAUUAAGUAGAACUGUACUAAGUUAUUUAGCAAAGAGACACAGUCCCUGGUAAUAUAUUAACAGGUAUAAAUAAACUUAGUCUCCCGUGUUACAAAAAAAAAAAAGUAAUUAAGGUGAUUUAAUAAGAAGCAAUGCUUUGUCAGCCAGUCAAUAUAUAGAAACAUCUGAACAGUCACAGGAAAAGGAAAAAAGUUGACCUAACACCCAGUUAAAAUUUUACAUUCUUCUACUAUAUAUAUAAAACUGUGUGAAAUAAAAGUAAGGAUGUAUAUCCAUAUAUUGAACUGUUAAUAUUCUGCUUGGCACUUUGUACUCUAGUUUUGUUUCUGAAUCAAGUAUAUUAAAUUAAAGCCCACCUAGCUACUACAUAUAGAAAGCUACAUAUAUAUCUAUAUAUAAAUACACACACACAUAUAUAUAUAUAGAUAGAUAUUUCCUUGUUAUAAAAGAUGAAGAAAAAUAAAUUAAAAAGCCAACCCCUUCCCUUUCUCCACCACACUGAUAUGCUCUUUCCAUCUUCGCUGUCCUUCAGACUUUAAAGUGCUACACUGAGUUAUUGAGA